GCAAGUCAGCCGCCAACGGCCGGUCCAACGACGCGUUCCAACAACCUGAAGCAUUCUUCACGGGCGGGCUAGCCGCCGCCUGGCCUAGCACCCCCGUUGUCAGCCUCGCCCCCAGCUGCAGUUGGCCAUCCGUCUCAGGCCGCCAGAAAAGCACACGCACACGCACACGACGCGGGGAAGCACCAUCGAAAUCAAUUCCAGAAACAGACGCAUAGUAGACCGGUUCCCAACUUCCCAAUCGGCGGCGGGCCGACGGCACCGGACCGGCGUAGAAAACGCAAGAAUCAAAUAGCGGAGGCGCUCACCGCGCGGGGGAGCUCGCUUUGGUGCCACUCCGCGCUCGCCCUCGUCGUCCAGCUCUUGGCCGCUUGCCUCGCAGGGAAGGAGGGGGCGCGCCGUCCGAGGAGAAAGAGGGGGCGCUCGCCGUUGACUUCGGCCGGCCGGCUCCGGCUCCGGCUCCGACAGGAGGAAUCCCCGCGCUUCGCCCUCCCCGCCCGGCAGGGGAUCCGCCCGGCGAAUCCAUCGAAUCCCCGCUCCUGCCCGCGCCGGAGACGAAGAUGCCGGCACCGGGGCAGGCGGCGGCCGUCCGGCUCGGGGUGCCGCCCCCGUACCUCAGGACCCACGGGCCCAAGAUGGCUCGCCGGCACAUGUACGACUGGAUCGUGCUGCUCCUCCUCGCCGCCAUCGAGGUCGUGCUCAACGUCAUCACGCCCUUCCACCGCUUCGUCGCCGAGUUCAUGAUGGACGACCUCCGCUACCCCAUGAAGCCCAACACCAUCCCCGUCUGGGCCGUCCCGAUAUACGCCGUCAUCCUGCCGAUGCUCAUCUUCGCCGUCAUCUAUGUCAAGAAGAAGAAUGCCUACGACUUGCAUCACGCCAUACUAGGCCUGCUGUUCUCCGUGCUCAUCACCGGCGUCCUCACCGACGCGAUCAAGGACGGCGUCGGCCGGCCUCGCCCCAACUUCUACUAUCGAUGCUUUCCUGAUGGGGUGCCGAACUACGAGGCCAUCACUCGACAAGUCAUAUGCCACGGAGACGCAAAAGUCAUCAAAGAAGGGCACAAGAGCUUCCCCAGUGGCCACACUUCAUGGUCCUUUGCCGGGCUGGGCUUCCUGUCGUGGUACCUUGCCGGCAAGAUCAGGGUGUUUGACCGGGGUGGCCACAUUGCCAAGCUCUGCAUCGUGAUCUUGCCGCUGCUCUUCGCGGCUAUGGUCGGCGUGUCACGGGUGGCAGACUACUGGCACCACUGGCAGGACGUGUUCGCCGGUGGAAUCCUCGGGCUGGUUGUUGCUUCGUUCUGCUACCUGCAGUUCUUCCCGCAUCCGGCUAGCAAAAAGGGGUUGUGGCCUCAUGCAUUCCAUCUUCACAAUCUUAACCCGGAAACUGAGAACCAAGUAACAACAGAUACCCAUCAGUCUGGACUGCCGCACGACCUGUCCAUGGUUCCAUAUGUUCCCUCCAUGGAGAUGAGAACCAAUGGCCGAGCGUUGGAUAACAUGGAGGCCGGCGGCGGCAGAGUUUGGUAACUGAAUAAGACCACCAUGGGGAUGGAGGUAGGCAUGCACCAUGAGAGACACCACCUUGUAGGUAGGUAGGUACUAGUAGAAGUCUUGUUCUGUAUAUGUUUCUUGUAGAGAUAAAUAAACUUGCGCAAUUUUAUUCGUGGCGUUGGAUUGAAGUUGAUCUAGUCCUUGAGUUUUCAGAAGCAAUCCAUUGAUCUAGUCCUACAUCAAAA